CUUUAAAAAUGGAAGUAAUAUAUUUGACUUCACCAAUCUUUUUCUUUUUAAAAGGAAAAAAAAAAAUCACUAAUCAAUUAGCCACCAAUGUGACCAUUUAUCAAUAUGUGAUUCUGAGAACUACUUUUCAAUCUAAAUAAAUAAAUAAAUUUCCCAAAUUUAUUUUAAGAAAAUUCCCUCAAAUUCUAGAACACAAAUUGUGUUACUAUUAAAAACUUUUAUUGGUGUAAGUUUCUCCCAAAAAAUAAAAAGGGUUAAUGGUGUUUUAAUUGUAUUUUUCCAUGCCAGAAACAAAAACAAAAAAAUCAAGUAAAAACAAAAUAUCCCUUUCUAUAAGAAUAUUUCUCUGACAAUUCUGGUAUUUGGGCCACUUUCUCCGACCUCUGCCACUCUCUUCACCUCCACUGCUGUUUUCUCCUCACACCAAUCAACAGGUUUCCUUACUGCAGCCUCGAGUUAUCUCGAUUGUAAAGGUAUCUCGUCGAUGCCUUAACCCUUUGCCUGUUGCAACGAGAGGAGGUUGAUGUUGUAGCUUCUCGUCGAUGCCUUAACCUUUAAUUUGGCUGUUGUGACAAGGAGGUUGAUGUUGUAGCUUAUCGUCGAUGCCUUAACCGUUAAUUUGCCUGUUUCGACGAGGAGGUUAAUUGAUGUUGUAGCUUCUCGUUGAUGCCUUUUUGUCAUUGUCAUUAAUUUGGCUGUUUCGACAAGGAAGAGGUUGACGUUGUAGCUUCACGUUGAUGCCUCUACUAUUACAAUCAAAGAGGCUUUGUUUCUCUUGCUUUUACCUCUUUGCCUCGCUCAUCCUUGCCUUCUAUGUCUCUAUCUCCCCUAGCGUGAAAUGCCUCCUUUUCCGCGCUGCUCCCUAUGAUCCCAUCCAAUCUCCUCUCUUCUCUUACCCUUCGUCUUAUGGCGAGCACAAGCAUGUUCUUCCUACACUCCGUUCGUCCUGUUCUUCCCCUGUUUUCUUCUCAGAUUAUCCAUCCCUCUUCAAUGAGAUACAACGAGGUUGUCAAGAUCAGGUUGAUUCGCCUUUGAGGUAUAUGCAAGGGAAGGCUGUUACAUUUGGUGGGAAUUUUAGCUUAGAGAAGAGGAUUAAUUUUUUUGAUGCAUUUGAACAAAAUAUAGAAUUCCCAUGUGGAUUCUUUAAGCCAUUUCCUAUCAAUGAUUAUGAUCGAGCAGAAAUGGGGAGGUGCAAAGGAGUGGUAGUAGUAUCCGCGAUUUUUGGUGAUCAUGAUAAAAUCCGGCAACCAAAAGGAAUUGGUUCUAAGACAUUAGACAUCACUUGUUUCAUCAUGUUUGUUGAUGAUGUUACGUUGAGAGGGCUUCUUAACCACAACUUAAUUUCGAAAGAAUCGAAUGAAUAUAAGGUUGGUGUGUGGAGGCUAGUCAAUGUCUCAUCCGAGGGCUUGUAUCGAAAUCCAGCCAUGAAUGGCGUGAUACCAAAGUAUCUUGUUCACAGGCUUUUCCCUAGUGCAAAGUACAGUAUUUGGGUGGAUGCUAAAUUGCAACUUGUGGUUGAUCCUUUGCUUUUGAUUCAUUCCCUUGUUAUCAAGGAAGAUGUGGACAUGGCCAUUUCGAGGCACCCGUUUUUCACACACACCAUGGAGGAGGCUAUGGCGACGACGAGGUGGAGAAAAUGGUUAGAUAUUGAAGGAAUAAAGAUACAAAUGGAAAGUUAUUGUGAAAAUGGGUUACGUCCUUGGUCAUCUAGUAAACUACCUUACUUAUCCGACGUGCCAGAUACAGCCUUGAUACUGCGAAAGCACGGAGUAAGUAGCAAUGUCUUCUCAUGCCUGAUGUUCAAUGAGUUAGAUGCCUUCAAUCACAGAGAUCAGCUGGCCUUUGCAUAUGUGAGGGACGAGAUGAAGCCUAGAAUCAAAAUGAACAUGUUUGAGGUGGAAGUACUCGAACAGAUUGUAUUGGAAUACCGGCACAACCUUAAGCGUGGCAGCUCUUCUACCACUCCUGCAAAUAAACUCAAAAUCAAAAGGGCUCAACCUGAUGUUUCGAGGGCCAACGGCCUUGGCAAGUGUCAAGGGUAUUUUUCGGAGAUGUGGGGGGAAUCACAUUAUUGAUCCUUCUUGUUUAAGAGCAGUAUAGUUCGUUAUUCUUUUAUUGUUGUUUAUAGUCAUAUUUAGAUAGGUUUUAGACAAUUUGGUGCUAUUUUGUGCGCCAUCUAUUCUCAUGUUAAAUGCAUUUUUAAGUCCCUGCUGUUUUGUACUCCAUACUUCAUCAAUUCAUGGUGUAUAUAAUUUAUAUAGUUAAAAGAGAUACAGAUUAUCUACUCACAAAGUCGACCAAACUCUAUGGAAAUCUAUUAACUGAUCGAUUUAUUUGAGG